AUGGCUUGGCAUUGCUGUCGUGCCCUGGGAUGCUUUCGGAAUCCUCAACCUCUGACGACCCCAAGGAUCAUCACAGUGAAUGGUGAAAAAUGUCUCGUAGAAGCCGCUUAUAGCUGAUUCACGGCUAGCCAUCGAAAAAUGGGUCUUGACACGAUAAGAAAAUAUUGCCUGGUUGAUGGAGGGCGCAGACAGAUCUCCUCUUUUUGCUUCCCAAGCUAUAGCCGAUUCACGGUUAGCUUGGGACGCUAAGGGGGCGUGGCCUGUCUGCGCUCUCCACCAGCCAGGCGCUAUCUCUUUUAUUAUCGUGUCAGGACCCUUUUUUCGAUGGCUCAAGUUGGCCGUGAAUCAACUAUACCUCGUUUAUGAAGAAGGGGUAUUCGAAAAUGCUCUUUAUGAAACUUGGAAGUUAUGUUUUAAACUGGUUUGACUUUUAAUGACGUCACUUAGCUUUAAGAUGAUGUCAUAUAUAAAUUUGCAGGAUACAUCUGGAAUUACGACACUCAACAGUGGGACGUCGAUCUGAACUAUGAUCACAGUCAAGGUCAAGCUCAAGCUCAGAAGUGAGUUCAGAGUCGACGUCUUCUGAUUGAAAAUUUUGAUUUCAGCGAAGAAGCGCCGACGACUUUAGAAGCCCCACAAGCGGCCCCAGAAGCGAUUCCUGGCGAGUACGACUACGACUACACGGAAUACGGCGGCUACCACGCCUACAUGGCCGCGCACGGCUACGUCUACGAUGACGUCACCGGCUCGUACAGUUAUCCUAACUAUGAGGAUCCCUACCAUGCCGGAUAUGACCAGGGACAGUACACAACUGAAGCUGUGGGAGCUGCGGAAGCCUCCCCGGCUGAUUAUAGUCAGUACUAUCAAGACCCCCAGUCGAGCCAGUACUACCCGGAUCAGUACUACCAAGACCCCCAAGCCGUACCAGACACCGCGGGACAGUACUACCAAGAUCCGAAUGGAGCUGUGGAUUAUUACCAAGCCUCCCAAGCUGUACCAGACGCUUCCGGACAGUACUAUCAAGACCAACAGUACUAUCCGGACCCCAAUGGGACCUCUGACGCCGCUCAGCAGUACUACCAAGACCCUCAAGCAGUCCCUGACGCUUCUGGACAAUACUACGAGGAUCCUCAAGCUUCCCACCAGUAUUACCAAGAUCCUCAGGCUGUACCAGAUGCAUCAACCCAGUACUACCAGAAUCCUGACGUUGCGCAGCAGUACUAUCAAGAUCCGCAAGCUGUGCCGGAUCCUUCUAGCCAGUACUAUCCCGAUCCGAAUGGUACUGCACAACAAUAUUAUCAAGAUCCCGCCUACCAUGCCGGCUAUGACCAACCUGAGGAACAUCAUCCGCCGCCUCGUCCAGCUGUUCCCGUCUUCACCGAGCCCCUUUUCAAACAGUUCGUUCAUUUUUGAAGUCUAGUGGAGUGGUCACUAUAGGGGCGACCUUAGGGCCUGAAAAAAAAACCUGACCACGCAAGCUUUAGUGCCCUCUAUAGGGGGAGUAUUCUAGUGGUCUCUAGAGGGGUUUCAGUUUUCAACAAGCGUUAUCUGAAUGAGCAACUUUGGUUUUUUAACUUUCAAACCACAACGAAAAGUUAAAGACACCUAUAGGGACCACUUGAGUUUUAAGGACUUUGGGGUCAGAUCCUAAGCCCUGUAGGGACCACUAUUAUGUCCCCUAACCUCUCUAGGGACCACUCUAGAGCUCCUGAGACUGAGCCAAUAAAAUUAGUGACGUCAUAGGGUGUUUUUUUUUUUUGAAAAAGUCAGAUUUUUGAGAUAAAGUUUGGUAAAAUUAGCCCAUUCUGUGAUGGUGACGUCAUCGUUCGUCAUAAAAACUAAUUUGAGUGACGUCAUGAAUUUUAGUUGAUUAAAAAGCCGAUUCACGCGAAAUAAAAAUUUCUGACUACGAAAAAAAUAAAAUGAUUUUUAGACAACAAAACGUGCAAGAUCCAUACGCCUGGGACUCUUCAGCAGUGGCCCAAGCGCCCGCCCAAGCUCCGGUCCGACCCGCCGCUCCUUCGAGACCUGAACCGCCAAAGCCUCACGAAACGACUUAUGACGGUUGGUUUUCAUUUCGUGGUUUUGUGUUUUUAUGUUGUUUUCUCCUUUUGUUCAGUUUAUCCAACUCCGCCGCUCCAAUUUUUCUUCAUCCGUUGAAAUAUAGCGAUGUUUCUUCCAAGGACUCGUUCUCUGUUACUCGAAAAAGGAAGCUUCUUCCAAAGUUUUCUGAAAUAAAAAUUGAUUUUUUCCUCUUUUUUUUGUUUCUGUAUGAAAUUCUGAUUGAAAAGUGUGUUCUGGAAUGUAUAAUUUCUAAUUUUUGUGCUGAAAUGUGGGAAAUUGGCCGAUGAGGCAAAUGUUGAAAAAGUGUCUUGAAGGCAAAAGAAAACGUUUAGCCCCAGCUCCACCCCGACCUCCUCCCGCUGCACGACCACCACCACCUCGUCCAGCUCCCGCAGCUGCCCCCAAGCCGAAAGAGCCUGAGCCAGCUCCCGAGGAAGACGCCUGGACGCAGUUCAAGAAGAUGACCGAGAAGGUAUGGCGGCGCCAGCGCUAUGCACGCCGCCUAGUGUGCGUGGCGUAGUGGCGAGCACGUUUGCCUGCCACUGCGCGGGUCGCUGGAUCGAGUCCCACGCGUGGCGAUGAAUUGUGUAGCACAGACCUGUUCAUAAUAGUACUUGAUGAAACAGCUAUCAUGAGCCUUUUUUGCAAUUUUAACAUUUUCCAGGUCUCCGAUGUGGUGAAAAACACGGAAAGUACGCUAAAGAACCUCUCGGAGACGUCGGCCACGAAGGAUAUUAAAGAUGAAAGCUAUUUGGCCGAGAUUGGGUUGGAAAAUUUCGGAAAAUUGAUUUAUUUUGAAAUUGAAGAGGUUCGCAAGGUUUUGUGAAUGAGUCGACGCAGCGGGAAAUCCAAAGAUUGACGGAGGAGAAGAAGAAUGAGAAGCUCUUGAAGAAGAAGCUGAAACAGCAAGGUUGACUUUUCAAAAAAAAAAACCGAAAUUUGUUAAUUUUUUUCGUGGCAGAAGGAAGUCAUGAAGAAUCGAAGAUGUAGAAAAAAAUCAUGGAAAAAGGCAAAAAUUAUAAAAAUGACCAAAGGAAUUGAGCCUUUGAUCUUCUAUCUUUUCUAUGUCUUCCACCAUUCUUAAACAUUUCAUAUUUUAAUAUUAGACAAAAAAAGUCUUGUAAAAAUGAAAUAUGUAGAGUAAUACACGUGCUUGGAACUUGAGAAAAAUUAAAAUUCAAAAAAAAACCCCUUGUGGACUUGAACCUUUGGCCUUCCGCUCAUUAACUUUUAUCCACUUGGCCAAGUUUUCAUUUAAAAUUAUUUCAGGCAAAAAAGUCCAAUCACCGACGUACGACCCUGAUGAAGAAGACGCCAUGGACAGGGCAGCUCAAGAAUUGGCUAUGAAAAUGGCGAAUAAUAGGACCGAUAUUGGGGUAAAACUAUUAUUUUCAAAUAUAUUUUGACGACUCAUGGCUCAUUUUAGGACUGGAAACCGCCUCCGGGAGUCGCUGAAGAAAUCAAAAAAGCCCCAGAAAAACCAGCUAGAGAAGAAGAUUCGAUUUCAGCGAUUCCACCAAGAAAAAAGUGAAUUUUCCUCCCUUCUUCCUUGUUUAAUUUUUCCUCAGGAGCUCGAUAAAAGACGUUCAUCAAGACUCGGGCGGCUCCCUGGAACUCCCCAUGCACUUAUCCGCUCAAAAACAGGAUUCAAUCAGCCCGAAAGGCGAUUUGUAAGUCACAAACGUCUAGUAAAUACAACUGCAAAACGGCAAAAACGUUAUGGAGGUAUGGGGAAUUGAACCCCAGCCCUCUCCCAUGCUAAGGGAGCGCUCUACCACUGAGCUAUACCCCCAGCUGACGUUGCAAAGGCGCGUCGCCGAGAUACCGCCGCGGCAGGUUGAAGCUAGUGUGUGGAGGAAUUGGGUGAAAACUUAGAAUUUUGAUUUUUAUCAAUUUCAGGUAAUCAAGGUAUUUUCAGUGCACCUGACGAUCCGAUUUUAUCAGCCCCCGCCUGGGCCGAUUUUGAAUCAACCGAUCCUGUACUACCGCCAAGCGAAUCAGGGUUCUUCUCAAAUAAGGUUAUUUUUACAGGCUACUGUAGCAUGGGAUGAUUACUGUAGGACAAUGCAAACGACACGUCGAACGAUAUUGCGGACCCAUUCCAAACUGCGACCUCUACAGUAACCACCAAUGGAAGUUCCGAUCCGUUUGCGCCGGUUGCGCCGAGUUUGAUCGAUGACGUGAGUUUGAUUUGGAAUGACGUCAUUUUGAUUAGGAAUGACGUCACUUUGGUUUGGAAUGACGUCAUUUUUGAAAAACGCCUAUUUAGUUUGAAAACUUUACAAAAGUUUUUUUGAUGGAGCUGGAAUUUAUGACGUCAUAGGCUAGACAAAAACUUGAUAAUGACGUCAAGAACCUGAAAAUGACGUAAUUUGAACCGUUUUCCAAUUUUUUCAGAGUCUUUUUGCACACGAAAAAGUGGUUCCUUGAACUUUUGGUUUUUAUUUUUUAUCUAUGACAUCAUACAAUCGCGACUUGAAAUUUCUCUUUUUCUCUCCACGUCUCUCGAACUCCCGUGCUGUUUUUAUGUUUCGCUGACCUCGCCGGUGAGGGAACAGAGAGACGCAGACAAUCGAGAAAUUUCAAGUUGCGGCGGAUGGGCUAUAUUUAUUAUUGAGUGACGUUUGAAGUGGCGAUUUGAGUUAUGCCAAAUGAAAAUUUAAAAAAUGUUCGACGGAUUCUAAUUUUCAUGAUGCUACUUAGUAAUCAGUACAGACUCAGAAGAUUUCUGGACUUUUUCCAGAGCUACGACCCCUUCGCAGUACGACCAGUAGAAGACGUCGUGGCGAUGGCCAAGGCGAAGGCGGAAGAAGCGGCGGCGGCUGCGGCGGACGACGACGACUUCUUCGUCGGCGACCGACAUUCUCCGGCCCUCUCCACCCCGACUCCAGAAGGCGGUAGUCCCCUCAGCCAACGACCCAACCGCUUCGAGGACGACUUCAAAUGCGAGGGGAUGGGUCUCGACACGCCGACGCCUCUCUACGACGAGGACGACACCGAACCUCUCACAGAGUACCUCCCAAGGUUCUCCGGCGACGGCUGGGACUUGAUGAUACGGUAGACCUACUGUAUAUCCUGAUUACUGUAGCAUUUCCAGUCAUCCGAUCAAGAAGAAGUCCUUCAUGGCGGAGAGGUACUGGAAACCCUGCUUCGUGCGGUUACACGGCACCACUUUGUUGGUUUAUAACGACCGGAAGGAUUCUUCCCCGAUCCAGGUGGGGAUUUUCAGAGAUGUAGUUGAUCCAUAGGCUUCCUGAAAGUCUCAGAUUAGGAUGAAGCGUCAAGAUUUCAGAAAUGUAGUUGAUCCAGAGGUUUUCUAAGAGUACCAGGUGAAGAUGAAGCCUCAAGCGUUCAGAAAUGUAGUUGAUCCAUAGGCUUCCUAGAAGUCCCAGUUGAAGAUGAAGCGUCAAGCGUUCAGAAAUGUAGAUGAUCCAGAGGCUUCCUGAAAGUCUCAGAUUAGGAUGAAGCGUCAAGAUUUCAGAAAUGUAGUUGAUCCAGAGGUUUACUAAGAGUACCAGGUGAAGAUGAAGCGUCAAGAUUUCAGGAAUGUAGUUGAUCCAUAGGCUUCCUAGAAGUCCCAGUUGAAGAUGAAGCGUCAAGCGUUCAGAAAUGUAGAUGAUCCAGAGGCUUCCUGAAAGUCUCAGAUUAGGAUGAAGCGUCAAGAUUUCAGAAAUGUAGAUGAUCCAGAAUUUUCCUGAAAGUCUCAGAUUAAGAUGAAGGGUCAAGCGUUCAGAAAUGUAGUUGAUCCAGAGGCUUCCUAGAAGUCCCAGUUGAAGAUGAAGCGUCAAGCGUUCAGAAAUGUAGAUGAUCCAGAGGCUUCCUGAAAGUCUCAGAUUAGGAUGAAGCGUCAAGAUUUCAGAAAUGUAGAUGAUCCAGAAUUUUCCUGAAAGUCUCAGAUUAAGAUGAAGGGUCAAGCGUUCAGAAAUGUAGUUGAUCCAGAGGCUUCCUAGAAGUCCCAGUUGAAGAUGAAGCCUCAAGCGUUCAGAAAUGUAGUUGAUCCAGAGGCUUCCUAGAAGUCCCAGUUGAAGAUGAAGCCUCAAGCGUUCAGAAAUGUAGUUGAUCCAGAGGCUUCCUAGAAGUCCCAGUUGAAGAUGAAGCCUCAAGCGUUCAGAAAUGUAGUUGAUCCAGAGGCUUCCUAGAAGUCCCAGUUGAAGAUGAAGCGUCAAGCGUUCAGAAAUGUAGAUGAUCCAGAGGCUUCCUGAAAGUCUCAGAUUAGGAUGAAGCGUCAAGAUUUCAGAAAUGUAGAUGAUCCAGAAUUUUCCUGAAAGUCUCAGAUUAAGAUGAAGGGUCAAGCGUUCAGAAAUGUAGUUGAUCCAGAGGCUUCCUAGAAGUCCCAGUUGAAGAUGAAGCCUCAAGCGUUCAGAAAUGUAGUUGAUCCAGAGGCUUCCUAGAAGUCCCAGUUGAAGAUGAAGCCUCAAGCGUUCAGAAAUGUAGUUGAUCCAGAGGCUUCCUAGAAGUCCCAGUUGAAGAUGAAGCCUCAAGCGUUCAGAAAUGUAGUUGAUCCAGAGGCCUCCUAGAAGUCCCAGUUAAAGAUGAACCUGUUGAAUAAUUUAGUUGGUCCAAUCGAUGACCUCAAAAGCUUCAAAAUUUAAAGGAGCAUAGGGUACUUCCUCGAAAAUGUCUCAACAAGAUCCGGCUUUUUUUGAGUUCUGAGAAGGUUUUCUUGUCUAUCAAACCAUUGUAAACCAUUUACGAAAGUACACUUUCUUCACAGAAAGAGAAAAACUUACCGUAUUUAAAAGGUUUUUGUAUUCUUAAUUGGACUGGUCCUCGAGAAAAAUUCAAUUUUUUUAUAAGAAUUUUUUGCAGUGUUCCUUUGACAUUUACGUAUCGAAAAACUACUUUGACUUGAAAAUCCAAAAAAAAAAGGGGUUUGAUCAUUUUUGAGGCUACUAGUUGGACGGUCCAAGGAGUCUUCUGAAAAUUUGAAAACCCCUUACUUUUGUUUUUUUCUUGUUCAGAAUUUCCCGCUGAAUUCAAAAAUAUGAUUUUUAUUGAAAAAUUUGCAACACGAAAAAAGUUAUGUCGCUUUUAAGACCGAUAAUGACUGGGCCGAAAAGCUAUUUUCGAGAAAUGGAAAAUUCUCAUUUUUCAAUUUUUUUCGAAAUUCUAAUGAUUUUUUUGCACAGUGAGGAUGUAAGAGGCGAUUCAAAUCCACUAGGUGAAAUUUGGUACCAAAUAAUUGAAUUUAGAGAACCUACUGAUUGCGUUAUGAUUUUUUGAAGUUAUUCAAAGAAUGAAAAGUUGAGGUAUUGCUAAAAUUUGAGCGGUUAUGAAUGAAUUUUGAUGUGGAAACUGAGGAUUUAAUUCAAAAAUACGCUUUGGGAAUAUUUCCUACUGCUUCUGAAGUGUUUAAAGGAGCAGCAUAAGAAGUUUUGGCGCGAAAAAUUAAUGAAAUUACUGUCAAGGCUUGAUAAGCGGUUGUGAAUGUAAUAUGAAGCUCAAAUUGCAAAAAAUAUCAAAAAUUCGGCUUCUAAGGCCUCAGAAGGUUUCAAACUAGAUACAAGGAUCUGUAAGCGAUUUUGAAUCGACUAUAGUCUGUUCAGAUUUUGAAUGUCAAGUGCAAUGACGUCAUUCAAAAACACUCUGUGGAUGGCUUGCUCUCUGAUUGGUUUAUCGCGCCAUUAGGGGCGGAGCUUGAGCGACGACUUGACAUUUAAAAUCUGAAUAGACUAUAUUAUAGGGAAACUGCAAAAUUUUGCUUCAAAAACUUCAGAAAAGUUCAUAGUACAUACUUGACACCUCAAAACUGUCCGCACUUUCCAGGAGCUCCUCCUCCAAGCCACCUAUUCUCUAUCCGACACUACUCUUCAAGCCUACGACGUCUAUGGGAAGAUCCACACGGUCAAGCUCCAAUUCGUCGUCUACAAGGAGAAAGUCGGGAUUCGGCCGGGUAGAAUUGCCCGCUCUCCACGAAUUCAGUCAAGUUUUCAGGCCAAAUUAGCCGGCUCGUCGAAGGCCACGUUACCAAAUACGGCCUGCCCUUGGAACACUCGGCCCAAUGCACCGUCCUCCUGAAAUUCGGAUCCUUGAACGCCCCGGAACUGCAGUCGUUCGUGACGACCGUCGAGGACAUUCUGUUCAAAUGCCACAUCUCGAGGACUACCAAACCCGUCUACAAGCAGGAUGAAGUUCAAGUUUGUUCAACUUGAAGAAAACCAGAAAACUGAAAUUUUUCAGAUCCAUUGCUAUGACGAAUACUCGGCGUUUGUCGACAAGGAUGGCGUUUUGUCGGAUCAAAAAGCGCGAGUUCGAAUGUUCUGCCUGGCUUUCCUGACCGGAACGCCCUUCUUGGAGAUCGGCUUGAAUGACAGGAGACGACAGGGAAAGGUAACUUAUCAGUUCCUCGAGGUAUAUUCAGAAAAUUUCGAAGUGAACUUGAAUGAAACAGUUUUGAACCUUUUUUGGAACCCUUUUGAGGCCCUUUUGGUCCCGGAGCCUCUGAAGUUUUUUUUUUGAGCAUUUUUAGCAUAUUUUGAGCUAGUAGAGCUUCAAUGAUAGCAUACAUCGAAUAGUCUCGGUGGGACCUGAAAAAAAGAGGGGACUUGGCAAAAAAAACGAGAACAUGACAGGGGGUGGGUUUGGCAAAAACCGUAGAAAAAAAUUUUUCAGGGGCUUGGCUGUGUUUUUUUGAAUUUUUUUAAAGGUGACGGAGUCUUAAAAAGACGCCUUUUUCGGUCUUUUUCAUUCCUCAGUGUAAAAAUUGAAUUUCAAUGGCUUUUUGUGCAAAUUUUUCAUUGACUUUGAUAGCUACUAAACGUUAAAAAUGAACUCUGACUGUUUUAAGUCGUAAUUUGAUUUAUUAUCUGAAUCCAAACUGGAUUUUCGGUCUUUAAAAAAUCGAUUUUUCAGGAAAUCGUCCGCCGGAAAGACAUCCUCCCAAUGCACACGGAAAGGUGGAUCCGAUUCGAAGCCUUGGAAUUCCAUUCGAUCGUUGAUCGGAACGAGUUUGAUAAGGAACAAGUUAUCAGAUUCAGCCCUCCUGAUGGCUGUUUCUUCGAGGUUUCUAGAUUAUCCAAAAGUUCAAAAAGUCUAAAAUCAACUUGAAGAUCAUGAGAUUCCGAAUAAGGCCCCCAAGAAAUCGCGAAAAGGCGAUGACUGUCAAGUCGAUCAUGAAGAUUGCCGGAUCCAAGGUGACUAAUCAAUAAAUUUUCAACCUAUUUUUGAGUUCUAAAGGUGGAAAUCCGGAUCGAAGCGAUGGCGGCGGCGCAAAUCCAAAGAACCCGAGGGGCCGAAGAACGACGGAACAUCCCCUGUGAAGAUAUCGCCAUCAGAUUCCCGAUUCCCGAAGCUUGGAUCUACAUUUUUAGGUUGAAAGGAUUCUAAGAAUAUUCUAGAAUUUUUACUAUCAUUUUGUCGGAUGAGUAGGGUUUAGGGGGUCUUUAGAGCCUCUAGAGUCUUUAAGGUUCAUAAAAAAAAUAGGUCUUUUAAAAAUCUUCCUGCUGGCUUAUAAAGGUUUUCAUAGCUUCUAGGAGCUUUUAAGACAGUUAAAAUUGAUAAUUAUUAUCUAGACAGUUUAGAAAAUCUAAAGGGAACCUUCCAUAGGCAAAGGCUCCAUAGAAAUUUUCCUUUUAGGUUCCUUUUUUGCUACCUUUUUGCGCCAUUUCAUCGGCUCUUAUGCACCAUUUUGAUGCCUUUUUGACGCCUUUUUGGAGCCUUUUUACUGCCUUUUUGAUGCCUUUUUGCUGCCUUUUUGCGACCUUCUUGCGACCUUUUUGCUGCCUUUUUGCUGCCUUUUUGAUGCCUUUUUGAUGCCUUUUAGCUGCCUUUUUGCGACCUUUUUGAUGCCUUCCUACGGCCUUUUUUGAGCCUUUUUGAUGCCUUUUUGAUGCAUUUUUGCAGCCUUUAUGCGGCCUUUUUGCAGCCUUUUUUGAGCUUUUUUUGAGCCUUUCUCUUUUGGCAGCCAUUAUCACACCAUUUAGACGUUACCCAAGUCAAAAUAAUGAAAAGAGGCUUGAAACUUUAACAAGGCUUUUGUGAACUUAUUUUCGAAAAAAAAUAGUUUAUCUUGUCUUUUUUAGAACAGAGAACUCAAUAAUUUCGAGAAAAAUGAUAUUUUCAAUCAAGAUAUGCCCUUUUUCAGAGAAGAGCGACAUUGGGGAGUCGGAUCGGUGCAUUCCAAAAAGUUGAGGCCCGGAAAAGUCAAGGUACCAGUUCUAUAUUCUGUAAGAAUCUCCAAUUUUUUGAUUUCCAGAACCUCAAAGAUCGACUCCUUGGCGCCGUUCAAACCCAUGAAGCCAAUCUGAUAGAAUGCGCGAUCGGAGAGGCCAAAUACGAACACGUCUACCGGAGUCUCGUUUGGCGGAUACCUAGGCUACCUGAGAAGCAUCAUGCCGCGUACAAGUCGCACCUGUUGAGGUGAGGGAGGAGCUGGAUUGAUUAUUAUACAUUGUGGAGCUGUAGGUGAAGGUGUAGGAACUUUAUGAGGCUUCUGAGAAGCUUAGAAGCUAGAAAUUCUAAUGAAUCGUAAGAGAAAAGUUGAAAAACUCGGAAUAGCGGAUAUGUAAGUUUUCUGAGAAGAAUUCGCACCUGUUGAGGUGAGGGAGAAGCUGGAUUGAUUAAUUAAUGUUCUGGAAGGUGUAGGAACUUUAUGAGGCUUCUGAGAAGCUUAGAAGCUAGAAAUUCAGAUAAAUCGUAAGAGAAAAGUUGAAGAACUCUGAAAAGCGGAUAUGUAAGUUUUCUGAGAAGUAGUCGUACCUGUGAAGGUGAGGGAGGAGCUGGAUUGAGGAAAAAGGGUUCUGGAAGUGUAGGAGAAGAUUCAGUUGUCUUUAGGAAGUUUGGAAGCCGUUUAGAAGCUGGAAAUCCAGAAAAAUAGUCGAGAAGAAUCGUAGAAGUUCCAAAAGAAAAUACCUAGGCUUUCUGAGAAACAUCAUGCCGCGUAUAAGUCGCACCUGUUGAGGUGAGGGUGAAGCUGGAUAAUUAGGAAAACUGAGAGAGAAGAUUACAAAGCUCCUGGAUAGUUUCGAACCUAGAAAUGGUGGAAAAUUCUCAAAGCAUGUUCUGGAAUUAUAGAAGAAGAUGUAAGUCAAUUGAAAGUUAGGAAGCUCUUAGAACCUAGGGAGUUCGGCGGAGUUGUCUUAGUUUCCUAAGAAUAUGCCGCUCAUAAGUUGUAGCCUGUUGAGGUGAGGGCGAAGCUCGAUUGAUAAAUUGAUGUUCUGGAACUGUAGAAGGUUUUUGAAGGGUUUGAAGCCGUUUAGAAGCUAAAAAGUCAGAUGUAUCGUAAAUGAAAAAUUGAAGAAGUCUGAAUAGCGGAUAUAAAAGUUUCCUGAGAAUAUGCCGCGUAGAAGUCGCACCUGUUGAGGUGAGAGAGAAGCUUGAUCUUUUAAAAAAUGUUAUGAAACUGUAGGAGAACUUUUGGUUGUCUUUUGGAAGUUUGGAAGCGCUUAGAACCUAGGGAGUCCGGUAUAUUGUAAGAAAGGGCUUUAGAAGUUUGAAUGAAGGAGAACUAGGCUAACUGAAAAACAUCGUGCUGCUUAAGUCACAUCGGUUGAGGUGAGGGAGGAACUGGAUCGAUAGGAGAUAUUUCGGGAACUCUAGGAUAAUUUAUAGGUAUUUUACAAUGCUUCUCGACAGCAUAAUUGCUAGAAAUUCAGAUGAAUAGUAAAAAGGAGUCAUGGAAGUUUGACUAUUAGAUAUAUGAGUUUUCUGAGAACGUGCCGCGUAAAAGACGCCCCUCUGGAGGUGAAGAGAGCGGUUGAAAAUUGAAAUAUACUAGGACUGUAGGAUAAAAUAUAAGAACUUUCUGAGGCUUUUGAGCAGCUUGAAAGGUAGAAGUUCAGAUAAAUAAUGGAAAGAAGUUGUACAAGUUUGAAUGAAUCAUGCUUAAGCUACCUGAGAAAAAUCGAUGCUUAUUAGUUACCUGUUGAGUCUAAGGAGAAGCUUGAUCAAUAAAAAUGUUCUGAAACCAUGAGGGAAGUUCCAGGAGUUUAAUGGAGCUUCUGAAACGCUUAUAAUUGGAAGAAGCUCGAAGAAUAGAGUGAAAAGCUGUAAAAUUUUAAUAAAGGAAGUUUAGGGUCUUCAAGAAGCUUCAAGCUGUUUAUGUUAGACCUUUUGGGGUGAGGAAAGUGAUGGAGGUUCAGAAGAGACUUCUGGAACUGUAGGAAAAGAGAUAGGAUUUCUGAGGACUCUGAAACGUUCAGAAACUAGAGAAAUGAGGAAAUCUGAAUGAUAAAUCGUAAGUCUGAAUAGAGAACUUGUGCUUAGGGGGUGAAAAUUGUCGACAAAACUAAAAAAGAGCACCUGGACUUCUUGAGAAACAGCUUAUAGAAGGAUAUUCUGUAUUGAUCGAUUCAGAUGUCGCUUCGAACUGUCCUCCUUCGACCUGAUGCCGGAGGAAUUCCUCCCCAGGUGUGAGGUCGACUUCACGAUGCCCCUGGCUACCGUCUCCAACACCGUCGUCAGAUCGGUCUCCGUGGAACAACACGAGGACAGCGACCGCGUGGAGAAAUUCGUCCGCUACGUCGCCAAGUACCAGUACAAGGUACAACUUCACAAGAGAUUAUAUUUCAAAAAGGACAUCUCAGGUUGAAAUCGACUAUAUCCAAUGCGCCAACCUCGACAUCGACACGGCCGAUCCUUCAGUCAACCCAGAAGCUGCUGCGGCUCCCGUCCCGGACCUUCAUGCUCCACAGAUUCAUCCCGACGGCGUCUCCAAGAUGCACGAAGGGUAAGGGACCUUGACAGAAUUUGAACUCGGAACCCUUAGAUUGUUAGACAAGGUUAUUAGCCGCUGAGCUAUCUUGAGAUUUUAGAAACUGUGUCGGCAUCGACUAGUUCGGCCCUUUCACCGACUCUUUUUAGCCCUUGACAGGAUUUGAACUCGGAACCCUUAGAAUGCUAGACAAGGUUACUAGCCUCUGAGCUACCUUGAAAUUUUAAAAACAACUUGAUUUGACUAAAACUGUGUCGGCAUCAGCUAGUUCGAAUCUUUCAGACCGACUUUUCUCAGUCCUUGACGGGAUUUGAACUCGGAACCCCUAGAUUGUUAGACAAGGUUAUUAGCCGCUGAGCUAGCUUGAAAUAUUAGGUACUGUUUCGGCAUCAGCUAGUUCGAAUCUUACAGACCGAUUUUUUUUUUCAGUUCUUGACAGGAUUUGAACUCGGAACCCUUAGAAUGAUAGACGAGAUUGUUAGCCUCUGAGCUACCUUGCAGUUCAAAAACUGUGCCGGCAUCACGUAGUUCGGCUCUUACAGGCCGACUUUUUGCUCAGUCUUUGACAGGAUUUGAACUCGGAACCUUCAGAUUGCUAGGCAAGGUUAUUAGGCUCUGAGCUACCUUGAAAUUUUUGAAACUUUGAAUGGACUAUCCCUGUGUCGGCACCAGCUAGAUAACUUCUUUCAGACCGAACUUUUCCGUCCUUGACAGGAUUUGAACUCGGAACCCCUAGAUUGCUAGACGAGAUUGUUAGCCUCUGAGCUACCUUGAAAUUUGUAAAAACUGUGGCGGCAUCCGCUAGUUCGGCUCUUUCAGACCGACUUUUCUCAGUUUUUGACAGGAUUCGAACCUUGCACCCUCAGAUUGUUAGACAAGGUUGUUAGCCUCUGAGCUAUCUGUGUCGGUAUCAACUAGUUAAGAUCCGUCGGACCGAAUUCUCAAUUUAAUUAAUCUGAACUUUGCGUUUUCUUUUUGCUGGCUCCUGUAUCAUGAGUGGCAGAUGUUUUUCGAGUUCAAAUUUGAUUUUUACGGAUUUUCGCCGAACGAAAACCUGCGUGGGGCUUGAACCUGCCAUUGGUCAGUGCUAGGCAAAGAUCUUAGCCUCUGAGCUAUCUUCAUUUUUAAUUUCGAGCUUGUAGACCAAAAAUUCUGCCGGGAUUUGAACCGUCGGUCGUUUGAGAUUUUUUGAAAAGGUCUCAUUUUUCUUUGCGUAUCGAGUUUGAUUGAUCAUCUGUAGUUUUUCAAUGACGCUUGACAAAAAAUUGAGCUUUUCCCAGCUUUCUUCAACAAAAACCUUGACAGGACUCGAACCCGCGACCUUAGGAUUGAUAUAUAAGAGCCCUAGCCUCUGAGCCACCUGUGCAAUAGUAUAAAUUGCCAACUUGCAGGUACCGAAUCGACUUUGACGAGUCGGAGAUGGGCCGUCAUGGCCGGAAAGACGACGAUUCGUCUUCGGAUGAUGAAGUCGACAGCCACAAAAUGCCCGUCAUUCAGAUCGACAUGAAGAACUACGGAUAUUAG